UUGCCGCUUGCGUCCGCGUUAACCGGCCGGCUGUCAAUCAACCCGGGGGGUGAUGAUGAGUGGUAAAUUAAUUUCGCAUUGAUUGACUCCCGACGUCGUACGGAAAGUGCUGAUUUCGAAGAUGACGAUCCCAGCAACCAUUGCGGUGACGCUUUCGAUGAAGUAGCCCGUGCGUGGUGCAGUGAACCGAAGUGGAUGAGCUGAAGUGCUGAAAUCUGAAGGAAACAUAGUGGAAAAUAUAGAUUAAUUGGGGGAGAAAAUAAAGCAACGCACAGAAGGACGCAACACAUAAGCUGGUUUCAAGCAAUCGUGAAAAAACUCGCUGAUUUCUGAAAAUAUUCGCCUAAAAAAGUUGAGAAUGACAGUUUUGGAAUGGAUAUGGAAUUGUUUCCUGCUUCUGCUGUGUGUAGGUAUCGCGAAGGCGGCACUAUCAUUUUAUUGGCCGUCGAUCGGAGAGUGGAGAUAUGACGAUUUACACCCAUCCCUUCGGUAUCACGAGUCGUGCAGAACGAAGCAGCUUCUCGUGAAUAGCGUCUUUUUCGUUGUCUAUCCUUGCGUCCUGGGCGCCCGUUGGUACCCCGCGAACCGGCAGUGGUCGUUGUGGACGGAGGAUGAAAAAGACAAAACCGACGCUUACGUUCAGUAUUCGCGCGAGGAGGAAGAACUUUUGCGCCAUGGUAUGCUCCGCGGGCGAAUGAUAGUACAGAAGGAAAUUGUACUGCCCACCGACAGUAUCCCGGAGGAGGAUGAGCCAUCGACCUACAAAACGUACGGUAUGGUAGAUGAUUGCGUUGUUGCAGUGAACGAAGACGAACCAUGUAAUGAGCGGAAUUAUUCUCCAAAAUCAUGUGAACCACUGAACUUGUCGAGAGAUGGUGAGGUGAUAGAUUUAAACGAUGAGGACAACAUCCUGCAGAAGCAACCUGUCAAAACCGCUAUGGAGAGUAUGGAUUCAUCUGCCUCUAGUAGCGAAGCAGAAGAUCAUGAUAACGUAAGAUUAAUUCAAUCAUCGCCGAAAACAUAUCGUGGUAUUUUGUCGGUUGUCGCCCGAGAUAAAAGUUAGUGCUACGUAAGCUCAGCAACGUCAUUUUUCUUUCCUUUUGUAACAUAUUAUUCUGGUUUUGCCAUCAAUUAUUAAAACUAGAAGGAUUCGUUGAAAGAGAGUCGCCGGGAAUUCAAAGCAGAGCUGAGAAUUAGUUUAGUGAACGGGUGAGUGAAGAACAACUGAUCGAUGAGGUGGCUUGAAGAUUUAUCCUACACAAUAUAUUACUUCCUGCGACUUGUAUUGGUCGAUGGGCAGCAUAAAUCUACGCUUCCAAAUCCAAAAAUAGCAAAAUCAGUUCAUUAAAUACACAAACUCUACCUUACCCCAGCACCGUAGCUAGCACAACAAAGGGCGGAUGGAUUGUUUCAACGCCAAGCAUCGCACGAUUAUGUUUCCCCAGCUGAUGGAUGAUGGAAAAUUGUUGACUCAUAAAUGUGAAAAUAUUUGGAAACAACACCAGCUCAUAGCUUGGGCAGCCAGAAGAGAACCAGCGCAAUGUGUUGUGCGGACCAAAAAUGGAGCAGCACCCACCCCGGACGAGUUUAAAAUUAUAACACCAAAACGAGAAUGCGUUCCACCAGCGGUCAUGGUGCGUGAGCGGCUGACUCAUUUGGUUUUCCAACGGCCACAUGCCACGAUGCCACGCUACAUGCCGUCGUAAAGGGGGAAUGCUGCUGCUAUUUUCGAAGAUGUCAUACAUGAGCCGCCCUCGCCAGCCGCUCUUGGUUUUGAAAUUUAAUUUCCGUCUAUCGCGAAGGGUUAUUUGGUGGUGGCCAUGUCGGAUGGCGGUAUCUGUACUGCCUCUUCCCGACGAGCGAUGCUUUAUCUGCCUCAAGCACGCCAUCGUUUCUCUUGCACCCACGCACGCAGACGAUUAAACCCCCGAUCUAAAGUGUUGCUAGAUCGCAAAAGUGAACCCUGAUCGGGCGGCAUGCUUUUUGACCGUGACAGACACCUCCACGAAACAACAGUGUGCCCACGUUAACCCAAUAUCGGUCCCAUUUCCGACGCAUAAUGAUAACAACGGGAGCGUUCUGGGUAUGUUGCCCCGCAGACGCAUCGAGCAGCAUCGAGUCGGCCCGCGAUGGGAAAUUAAACGAAGCGCAAUCUUGCGAGACCCGCCUGCACUUGGAUGGUCGAAAAUGGUGUGAAUAGCAACAGCUACGAGUGUGAACAAUUUAUGAUCCCACUCCUGGAAUGCCCCGAGUGGUUGCACAACGGCAGAAGAAGAUGUGCCGUCGUUUUCUCGUGAUGUCGGAUGUUGUGAUGAUGCUGAGUGUGUGUUGCUUUACAAACUCUGGGAAUGCCACGAUCUGCAAUUUGGAUUUGGAAAAAGCGACAAAGCAGCGGCAACCGGGGAGGGUUAUGGUGACUUGCAUGACAGAGUAUGGCUACUUUUGACGACGAGUUGAUUUACACUGAACAAAUGAUGAUCCCACCAUGGAGUUCGAGAACAGUUUGAACAGCUUCGUUGCAUCGUUUUCAGGAUUUUCUGUCAAUUGCCAUU